AUGGCUUCCAACGGAAAUGCUGGCCUGUCGGCCAACGACAAGAUCCAGCGUUUCGCCGCUCCCAGCCGUCCUCUGAGCCCCCUCCCCUCGCACGCCCUCUUCAACGACAAGACACGAUGCCUCGUCUACGGUCUCCAGCCCCGUGCCGUCCAGGGUAUGCUCGACUUCGACUUCAUCUGCAAGCGUAAGACGCCGUCUGUCGCCGGGAUCAUCUACACCUUUGGCGGCCAGUUCGUCAGCAAGAUGUACUGGGGUACCAGCGAGACCCUGCUGCCCGUCUACCAGCAGGUCGAGAAGGCCAUCAGCAAGCACCCCGACGUUGACGUCGUCGUCAACUUCGCCUCGUCCCGCUCCGUCUACAGCUCCACCAUGGAACUCAUGGAGCACCCUCAAGUCAAGACCAUCGCUAUCAUUGCCGAGGGUGUCCCUGAGCGUCGCGCCCGUGAGAUUGCCCACGUUGCCCAGAAGAAGGGCGUCACCAUCAUUGGCCCCGCCACCGUUGGUGGCAUCAAACCUGGAAGCUUCAAGAUUGGUAACACUGGUGGCAUGAUGGACAACAUUGUCGCCUCCAAGCUGUACCGCAAGGGUUCCGUCGGCUACGUCUCCAAGUCUGGCGGCAUGUCCAACGAGCUCAACAACAUCAUCUCCCAGACCACCGACGGCGUCUACGAGGGUGUCGCCAUCGGAGGUGACCGCUACCCCGGCACCACCUUUAUCGACCACAUGCUCCGCUACCAGGCCGACCCCGAGUGCAAGAUUCUCGUCCUCCUCGGCGAGGUCGGUGGUGUUGAGGAGUACAAGGUCAUCGAGGCCGUCAAGCAGGGCGUCAUCACCAAGCCCAUCGUUGCCUGGGCCAUUGGUACGUGUGCCAGCAUGUUCAAGACCGAGGUCCAGUUCGGCCACGCCGGCUCCUUUGCCAACUCGCAGCUCGAGACGGCCGCCACCAAGAACAAGUCGAUGCGCGACGCCGGCUUCUUCGUCCCCAACACCUUUGAGGACCUCCCCGAGACCCUCACCGAGGUCUACAACAGGCUCGUCAAGGAGGGUACCAUUGUGCCCCAGGCUGAACCCGCCGUCCCCAAGAUCCCCAUGGACUACUCGUGGGCCCAGGAGCUCGGUCUCAUCCGUAAGCCUGCCGCCUUCAUCUCCACCAUCUCGGACGACCGUGGUCAGGAGCUCCUCUACGCCGGUAUGCCCAUCUCGGACGUCUUCCGCGAGGACAUUGGCAUCGGCGGUGUCAUGUCCCUGCUCUGGUUCCGUCGCCGCCUGCCCAGCUACGCCUCCAAGUUCCUCGAGAUGGUCCUCAUGCUCACCGCCGACCACGGCCCUGCCGUGUCAGGUGCCAUGAACACCAUCAUCACCACCCGUGCCGGCAAGGACCUGAUCAGCGCCCUCGUCUCCGGUCUCCUGACGAUCGGCUCACGCUUCGGUGGCGCCCUGGACGGUGCCGCCGACGAGUUCACCAAGGCCUUUGACACGGGCCUCAGCCCCCGCGAGUUCGUCGACGGCAUGCGCAAGGCCAACAAGCUGAUACCCGGUAUCGGCCACCGCAUCAAAUCGCGCAACAACCCCGACCUGCGCGUCGAGCUGGUCAAGGAGUACGUCCUGGCCAACUUCCCCAGCCACAAGCUCCUCGACUACGCCCUGGCCGUCGAGUCGGUUACGACGUCCAAGAAGGACAACCUGAUCCUCAACGUCGACGGCUGCAUCGCCGUCUGCUUCGUCGACCUCCUCCGCAACUGCGGUGCCUUCUCGACCGAGGAGGCCGAGGACUACCUCAAGAUGGGAGUCCUCAAUGGUCUCUUCGUCCUGGGCCGCAGCAUCGGUCUGAUUGCCCACUUCCUGGACCAGAAGCGCCUGCGCACCGGCCUCUACCGUCAUCCCUGGGACGACAUCACCUACCUCCUCCCCACCCUCUCGCAGGGCCAGCCUGGCAAGGAGGGCCGUGUGGAGGUCCAGGUGUAA